AUGUUGGCUAAUCUCAAAGCCUACCUGAAAGGCCAGGAAUCAAGGCCCGGGGAGGCCAAACUGCUGCGAAAGCUGGAUUUCUUCAUCCUCUCCUUUUGUUGCUUGAUGUACUUUUUCAAUUAUCUAGAUCGCUCUAAUCUAUCCAAUGCUUACGUGUCGGGGAUGAAAGAAGAGCUCAACUUCCAAGGAAACCAACUGAAUGUGAUCAAUACCGUGUUCACUGUUGGCUAUAUCCUCGGUCAAAUACCCUCCAACUUAGCAUUGACCUACUUUGCCCCCCGCAUCUUCUUUCCUUGCAUGAUUGUGUUCUGGGGCGGUCUUACCAUGAUCACAGCUGCGGUGCACAAUCCUCAGGGCAUCAUGGCCAUCAGGUUCUUCUUAGGGUUGGCGGAAUCCAGUACCUUCGCUGGCACGCAUUACAUUCUGGGGGCGUGGUACACCGAGAAAGAACUGGGCAAGCGAAGCGGCAUCUUUACUGCCUCUGGACUCGCCGGUACCAUGUUUGGGGGGUUCAUCCAGGCCGGCAUCCAUUCAUCGCUCGACGGAGCCCGUGGACUAUCCGGAUGGCGAUGGCUGUUCAUCAUCGACGGACUGAUCACCCUGCCCAUUGCACUCUAUGGGCUGUUCCUGUUCCCUGAUACUCCCGCCACAACCCGGGCGCCAUAUCUCUCGGCUUCUGAGCGAGCCCUGGCCAUCUCCCGCAUGCCUGAGGCAAGCCCAGCGAGGUCACGCUUGGACUUGGCCUUUGCGAAGAAGAUCUUCGGCACCUGGUACUGGUAUGGCUUCGUCAUGCUCUGGAUCAUCGCCGGCGAGACGGAGUCUUUCUCGACCAACACCCUGCUCGCGCUCUACAUGAAAUCACACCCUACCAACGAAUAUACCGUCUCACAGCUGAACAACUAUCCAUCGGGGGUGCCCGCCGUGGGUAUCGUGUCGACCUUAUUCUGGGCUACCUUGACCGACUUCAUGGGCGGGAAACGCUAUCUGGUAGGGUUCUUCAUUGGGAUCACCGGCAUUAUCACCUCUGCCCUUAUUCUGACUCAAUUCUCCUCCACCGCGACGGUCUUUGGCGCCUACUACUGGGCCGGCGCCGUAUAUGCCUGCCAGGCUACCUUCUUUGCCUGGUGCAACGAUGUCAUGCGGUAUCAGGAUGGCCGAAUGCGCUCGGUGGUCAUUGCCAGUAUGAACUUGGGGAGUAAUGCUGUCAACGCGUGGUGGAGCAUCCUAUUCUACUCUGCUACGUUUGCCCCCCGGUUCACCAGGGGUAUGUGGGCUAUGAUCGGGUGUUCGAUUGCUCUGAUCCUCUGGACGAUCGGUGUUAUAUAUAUGAGCAUGAGAGAGACACGGGAGGGGCUGGACGGUGUUGAGCAGGGUGAAGAGGAAAUCGCAGAGGGGUCGAUUUACAAGCCCAAAGACUAG